AUGAACUAUAACAUGUUGAUUGAUAGUGGACUGUGCUUACAGACUGAGUUUGCUAAGGGAGAUGAGAGUUCAGAGCUAACUGUCAGAUUUCAUCGGUUGGUUUCCACGUACAAUCUAGAAGCCACAGCUCAUGAGGCUGAAGGAACAAUUGUAAGUAGUCAUGUGUACUAUUCUUCAAGAUCUCCACUGUUUUCAGAGAAAGAGAAAGAAAGAAUCAUGAGGAUACUAGUUUGUUCAAACACCAAGCAAGCAACUCUCACCCCAAACACACAUCAACCUGGUAUAUUAGCAUCUUAUUUAUCUCCCAAGUUACAGAAACUCCGAAGAUUCACAACCCGCAAGACGACUGACUUCGAAAUUCACCAUCAUGUCUUCAAACACAUCAGAUCCUCGCAACACACCUUCCCCAACACCCCGAUCCCCCCCGCAUGACUCAGGAGCACCACCUGGGGACGUCACGAACACUAUCGCUGAACUACCCACCGACAAUCAACCUACUAUCACUCCUAAUCCAGCCGCACGCCCCUUGAAUUACUUCCCCGAGAAUAGGUUCCCAGCUUCUCUCCCACAAGCCACACCACCAACAACGGUAGGCGCCCACGAUGCCACACUACCCCCAGCACCACAACCUGCACCGCCCUCUGGAUACUUGCUUUCCCCAAAUGCUCACUCAUUCGUACCGGCAACUUCAACUCCACAUUACUAUCAUGCUCUGAGUACACCUGUUGUGCAUCCCAGCGGUCUCAGUCUAAGUCAUCCACCUGAUCACCAGCCAAUGUAUGGAUACCACUACAUGGGAUACCCAGCACUAGCACCACCACCCGUAGUAGCAGCAUCAUCAAGAGUCCAAGUUCCAGAACCAUCCCGCAGCGAUGCACCCGAAGGCACACCUCCAGCACGCGCUCCAGAAGAAGCAGGAACUCGACAGCCGCGAGCAGGUAUCUCUGUUAUCCCACGCCAAUUCCCUGCACCCUCUCCAUCUUCUGGUCACUACCUUCAACCACGA